AGAGGUGACUUUGGGGAGUUUGACACAUUUCCCCUUUACCUGAACGCCACAGUGUAUUACGUACACAGGUGUUCGUGUGUGUGUCGGAAAUCUGCCCGGUUUUUUAUCAAUGGAUUAGUGUAUAUACUGGCCAGGUGUCUGUUUACCUGGUGUUACCCGAGACCGGAGUCAUAGAAGACGAAAUGAAGCAAAUGCAGCCACUGAUCUUUGUAAGGAUUUAGAAUCAGUUUGAUAUUGAUUUCAUUUUGCAUAGAUGGGAGUACAGUAGGUGGGUUAAAAACCUAGUUCAUGUGACAAAGACCCAGUGGAACUGUGCAAAGAAUUAUACUUCAUUUAAUACAGAGUCUAAUUAUUUACUGGUGGAGUAGUUUCAAUUGGAACGCCUUUGUGAAGCUAAUAAAAUUGACAAAACGCUUUAGUGUCACACGGAGAAGACAUGUUUGUACCAUAACGUGACAUUCCCUCCAAAUAUCAUUAUCGUCGAUCUGAUCAUCGCAUUUCGUCACCAGCUGUUCAUAUGACCUAUGAUGGAUUUUGUGGCCCUAAUUCUUGUCCUGCUACAAAUUGCUCAAGAAAUCAACUCCAUUGACGGGAGCUGGUCGACGUGGAGCCAAUGGAGUCAUUGCUCACGAUCAUGUGAUGGAGGAUUAACCAAUCAGAGACGGCGUUGUUUAGGCGACAGAUUUCGAUGCAGGGGUCCAGAUGUGAAAUAUAAAUUAUGCAAUACACAGGCUUGCUCCUUCACCUAUCAAUCUGUAGAAGACCAGGUAUGCGAGACGAAGAACCGCGUCCCUAUUAAUGGCAGGUACUAUCACUGGGUACCACUCUCGCGACAACAGUAUCACUGCUUUGUAAUGUGUAAGGAUGAACACAGAAACAUUCCGGAUGUCCUGGAGGUGCAUAUCCCUGACGGAACUAGAUGUGGACGGAAUACUAAUCAUUACUGUAUAGAAGGGAAGUGUGAGAACAUUGGUUGUGAUGGCUUCAUAGGAUCUGGGGCAGAGGUUGACGAUUGUGGUAUAUGUAAAGGGGAUAGCGCUUCGUGUCGUCGGCAACCUGGAAACAGAUUGUCAGGAAAGACCUCAGAGACCCCGUACCAGUGGGAUGUCCGGUGGGGUUCCUGUUCGGCUACGUGCGGCACAGGGUACCAGACUGCGACGUUCCAUUGCAAGGACAUGCGCUAUGACGCCAUUACAUUUGAAUUCUCGUGUAGUUCUUCGCGACCUCAUGACAUCACGAGAGAAUGUAGGUCAAGGCCAUGUGAUCCAGGAUGGCGCGUUAACUCUUGGUCGGCGUGCUCUGUACCGUGUGGAGGAGGGAAGAAGAGUCGAGAUGUAAAAUGCAUGCUGGAUACCGGAAGAGGACGAACGACAGAUGCGCCCUCAUACCGAUGUCCAGAUCCUAUGCCAAUUUCAGAAACUCGAUGUAACAUGCAGUUUUGUCCUGCGUAUUGGCAGACAGGAAGAUGGUCCGAGUGUUCUGUUUCUUGUGGAAUAGGAAGGGAGAGUCGGCCUGUGUUCUGUGUCAAGAUUCCGAGGCAAGGGUCAAAGGUUAACGUGUCCUCUGUGGAAUGUCGCGGUCCUAAACCUGCCAGUUUCCGAUCAUGUUCCCGCCCGGAGUGUUACCAGAGGUUCUCCAAAGCCCCCGCCAUUACUCUUCAUAAUGAUACAUUCUUACAAAUAAGUCGAACGAAGCGUAUCCACCUCCGAGUGGGCGAGACUGCUACCCUGUUGGCAGGACAACCAGUGAAGGUCAUAUGUCCCGUGGAAAAUUUUAAUAAAAAGCUUUUAUUCUGGACAAGAAAUAACCGUUUGAUUCCAAUGUCUAGGACAGAACGUGUGUUUAUAUCUAGAAACGGAGCAUUAAAGAUAAAGCGGACAGAUCCUACCUUGGAUACGGGAGAAUUCACAUGCAUAGCAGGAAUGCAAAGUGCAACUAUACGAUUACAGUUUUCUUCUAAAAAGGAAGCAAUGAAUAAAGGGAGAAAGUUAAUGAAAUCGGUCAUGAAAGAGACUACAUCAGUGUCCGCUUCCCUGGACCAGCCUCAGAGUGAUAAAAUCCCAGGGCCUCGAGGACCGCACGCGGUGAGACGUGCUAAGAUGGACGCCAUGUUGGACAGUCUUGGUGGAGACUUUGUCUACACGACAGCAGACUGGGGCGCGUGCUCCCGCACAUGCGGAAAGGGGCUGCAGACCCGUAAAGUGGCGUGUGUCAAGGCCACUAGUGUAUAUAUCAAAGUUGUCAACAAGGAGGCUUGUAACGGCAGCCAAAGACCGGCUAGUGUCCGGCCCUGCGUCAUCCAAAACCAGUGUCCAAAAUGGGCCAUUGGGGAAUGGCAAGAGUGUUCUGCAAAGCAUUGCAAGAGAACUGGUCGAGCAACUCAAUCCCGGGAACUCCACUGCCAGAGUGACAACAACACCGCCAUUCCACUCCGCCGGUGUUCUCAUCUACGGAAGCCAGUGGUGAAACAGGAGUGCGACAAUCAAGCGUGUGUACCUAUAUGGAGUACGUCUGGCUGGACCAAGUGCAAUCCUCGUUGUGGCGAGAACAGACAGAAAGUGCGCAUGCUUUCCUGUGUAUGGAGGGAUAGCGGUAAACCAGCCCAAACCAACUGUCAUACAAAACCUAAACCUAUUGUGUGGAAAAAAUGUAAACCGAGGAAAUGUCGUAAAGGGAAUUGCCGUGACGAUUCCCGUUACUGCAGUGUGGUCGGCUUACUACAGAUGUGUGAAUACCAAUCCUUCCGAAAGAAAUGUUGUCGAACUUGUAACAAUCUAAACCAAUCCUAACGCUAUUUAGAAUGUCUUAUAUCUAUUUAUUUUGAUUAAUAUGACGAUAAAACUAGAAUUCCAUUUUUAUUUUUAUCUUAAUUUUUAAACCGUGAUAUAAGAGUGUGAGAUGGGAGGUGUGUGUGGUGGAUCUGAAAACAAUGGUUGGAGUGUGUAACGUAAAAGUGUAUUUUUAGAAAUGGCGUAUAUGAUUGUUUGAUAUGUCGUAAAACAUUAUCAAAUACUUAUUUUUGAUAGGUAUAAUGAUAAACUGAUACUGAAAAUGCAUUGCUUUCCGUUAUGUACAAAUGAAAGAUUGAUUACGAUAUGAUACCAAAUAAAGGAGGGCUCGAUCUGUCUUAGGUCUGCACACUGAAGAUGGUAUCAAUUUGUGAAUGGCAGAACCGUGAAAAUUACCCACAAAGCAUACCUUAUCAUGAAUGAGAAAUGAACCCUGAAGAAUGCCAACAACAUAUUGAUUAUUUAGAUUUAGAUUUGUGAAGGAGGGUAGAAUCUUACAGCGGCUACACAACACCCUUACACUACAUGAAAGAACUUAGUCUGAAGGCUAAAACACCAAAUAAAAAUCUUCCUUAUGGACCUGAUCAUUCUACCAAUUAUAAUACGUAAUGAUUUCAUUAUCAGAUCGGAACAAUACCCGAGAUCUGCGCAUCACUUUAUUCACCGACAGGAAAUAUCUGAAUCCGUCUCAGUACCAUUCUUAGGUAUGAUACAGUCGUAAUAAAAAAAUGAUUUUGUCUGAGGGGAUACAAUAAAUUAUAACAGUAACCCAUUUGGGUAAAUAUUUAGACGUUCCUUUUAUUUUAUAAUAUUUUUCUUACUGAACAACAGACUCUGAUGUAACUAAUUCAUCCCAAGUCAGGACGAUUUUUUUCUUUAUCGGUCGAUUUGACAAUCAAUAUUAUCAAAACCUAAUAAGGUUUUAUUGUUAUUUAAAUAAACGUUGGUUUCUUUAAAAUUCCAACAGCCAAUCAGGACUACUAAAAUGAUAGAAUUAUGUCACGUGAUGAACAUAACGAAUACGUCAGGUAUAUUGUCUGGAUUAUUGAGACAUAUGACUUUCAUGUUAGAGAAAUGUCCUAAGUCCACCUCUAUGCUCGGGAAACCUCCUGCAAUUUAAUUAUGGUAUUUUCUGACAGCAUUGCCCAUGUCGUGUUCAGUUAAGAUAAUUUUCAAUGUGUGUGACAUUGAUUAGAUUGUUGUUUGUUUCUGAGAAUGAUAGAGAGUUUUAUUUGUUUAUUUUAGUAUUCGUUAAUCAAUACGGUGUUAUUUGUGUAUGUAUUCGAUGCUAGUCAACACAUUGUAAACUUACAUUGAACGUCAUCUUUAUUAAUGCUAAAACUUUCCUACCUUUAUUUUUUGUGAGGAUACCUAGAAACUUACUGAUCUACUGAUAUGUUGAAAGAAACCUUUUAUGAUACAAUCAAAAUCACAACUUGUAUGUCAAUACUUUAUAGCGGUCAGAGGUCACCUCUGAAUUAUGGAUGGUGACCAGACAUAACAAGCUAUGUGUGUCCGACGGAUACAUCAAUUGGUUUCAGUGACUAAAGACAUCAAAGACGGAGUCACUUCUACAUGGCGACAUUUUACGAAAUUCGUGAAUGGUGAUGAACGUCAAGACAAACUUAUCUUUGAUAAACAUAUAUAUUAAGCUAUGUAGUAGUUAGUGUACCGUGACGUGUACUCGCGUAAAGAGCGAUUCCGUUCCGGAUAUAUAUGUAUAGUUAAUGUGUUCAUGUCCCCUACAUUUGAUUUCCUCACUAAGAAAACUCUCAAUAAGUGAGUAAGCAGCGUCAUUGGUACAGAAUUUCAGCAGCUUGCCACGGAUACUAACUUUAGGCAUCCCGCGUAGGUGAGGAAUAUCUUUUUCUCGCCGAUAAUCUACCUCGUGCGUUAGGUUACAAUGAUGUGCUUCAAAUGGUUAGUAUUUCACGUAAAAUCGAUAAAUUACUGCAUACAUGUACCUCGUGUCGGUAUUUCAAAAGUACUGACCAUAUUUUACUAGUUGUUUGUUGUGCGAGUCGUCCUGUGAACGGGUCAAAGUCAUUUCGAGGUGGGACCUUCUUGUAGUAGUUGGUGGCUACCUCCAUGAAUAACAUAAGGCAAGCCCGUCACACACCAUCCAGAGCAUUGAAUGAUAAAGUGUCAUCCCCAAGUGCACAAUCAGGACAUCAUAGAGCCGUCAAUGACCUCAGCCGCCUAAGUAUAGAUACACACUUCGGAUACUGAAGUGCAUGUUGGAGUAUGGAGUGCAUAUAGACUUAGAUAUAAGGUGCUGCCGAUGACUGCUUUGUAGGAGUGAUGUGGUAGGGCGGAGACGUCAGUAUAAAGGACAGUUAUGUGUUCAUUAGUAUCAAACGUCAGUCCUGCAAGUGGAAUUAGCGCGUGGUAGAACUUUAAUAUGGCAAAGCGUUGGUGCAAAUACAGCACGCUUCGUGAUCUGUAAUAUAAUAAUGUAGAUUACCUGGUCUGAGAUGUCACUCUUGUAAGAACAUUCAGACAAAACAUUUGUUUUUAUUUUUAUGUUUAAGAUUUUUGUAUACGUCUAUAACAAUGUGGUUAUGUUUUGUCUGUAAUUUUAUAUGAAAUAACGUGUAAUUGUGUUUAUAAGUGCUUGAUGUGAUUAAACAAUUCAAACAUCA